CUGUCAAAUCCAUUGUAAACCUUGCAGCUUGUUAGACAGCAGCGAGCAACAAACUUCCACGAAGAAGAAUUGCUGGAAAAAGAUACUUGGAUGAUAUAAUGAGCUGACAUUCCCAGAAACCUAUAAGUUUCUCUACAAAUCAAGCUUCUCGAUACUUGGCAAUACUUUGAUUUUACAUCAAUUCAAAAUGAACAAGCCCAGGCCGAGAAGAACCCGACAUCGGCAAAGCUCUUCGCAUAUUCCCGUGCGCAGCAGCUCAAGCAAUGAGCAGACUCAAAAGACAACUUACAGCGUUCGCGYAGACGGCUCUAGUGGUGAAAUAAUAUCCAGCAACUCCAACAUGGAGACAGCAGAAGUAAUCCAUAGCUCACGAUCUUAUUCAAGCAACGACGAAUCUAAGGAAAUGACUCAACAAAAUUAUGGAGAAUCGCGUUACGAUGAUAGAGUUUACAUUAAAGGGGGAUUAAAGACGGAGGAGAAGCUUGGUAGUCCAAGAUACACCGCUGGCAACGAGAAKUGUCAAAAGAUAAGUGAUUUGCGAAUGAGCUCUGAUAGUGAAGGCGUCUACAACGAGUCGAACGAGAAUAUCAGUUCAAGAAGUUUCUCUGGAGACGGGGAAUAUAAAAAGACUGUUUAUAAUUUUAGGUCCGAUUCUGAYGGAGAAGCCAUUUGCAAUGAURGYAGUGAGAAAAUYGUUUGUAAAACAACUAAYUUUUGUGGAGACGGAGAGCACCUGAACACUGUCUAUCAAAUACAAACAGAUUCUGAUGGAGAAGGUGUUUUCACCAAUGAAAAUUCAAAGAAUGAAGAAAGUGUUAUCUAUACAUCUCGGUCCGAUGAUGGUGAAAUCACAACCGUGCGACAGACGUUUAAGAUUGUAGGAACCAUUGACCAAGACAAUAGGUGCUCGCGGGAAUCCCUAACCAGUAACGUUGACAGUGCAUUUCACGGCUCUCUUGACUUUCUCGACAAYCUGGAUGAAAACGAUACAAAGUACUCGAGYAAGAAAAUUWCCAAAAGUGUCAGUUUUGAAGAUGUUGGCUCGGACAGUGUUAGCAAACUUUGGAUUAAGCCAAAUGAUAACAUAAAAUUGGAAAUGCAACAAGAGGUGGGAGAGGACGAGGAGCUUUUAAGGGAAGAACUUCUUCGAAUCUUUGAUCGAGAGAGACUCACUUUGGGCUCUUUCUUUAAGAACAAAAUGGAAGACUUGGCACGUGACUGCAGACAGCGCGAACUUGAUGCGGAAGAGCAUUCGCGCGCUGAAAUAGCUGAGAUGGAAAACGAAAUGGCGCGAGARAAAGCUGAAAUGCAAAAGGUCUUUGCUGAAGAAAUUGCUKCCCUGACUCGAACCUUUAACGAAGAUAGAGCGAGUAUAGAGAGCUAUUACAAAGAACAAAUCAAAGAACUACGCGACCAACACGCAAACGACCAACAAGAAAUGAAUCAAAAGUUUGCGYUUGAAAAAUCCGAACUCCAAGAAAAGCUCGAGUCAGAAUUUGAAGCGGUUUUAAGAACAGAGAUCGGUGAGUCUCGGAAAUUGUCCUUGCACGAAAUAAACCAAAAAGAGGAGAUGUACAACACGGCAAAGCUUGAAAUGGAACAGAAGCACAGCAAAGAGCUUCAUGAAGCCGAGAUGAAUACGAAGAAAGUCAAGGAUGAGUUAGAGAUGAUGUUUUCUCAAGAAAAGGCGAGAUUAGAGGAAAGAAGUAAGGAUUUGGAACAUCAGCUGCUGCAAGAACGAGAAUUAAGAAUUCAGCUGGAAUCCCUUCUGGACGAGGAAAAAGAGAAUGUGAAGAACGUCGACAACGCAAAGAGGAGCGAGACAGAACAGCUGAAAUGUGAACUAGAAGGRUUGCGAGUGGAGCUUGACGAGAAGAGCAGGUCAGCCAUAGAAAUGAGUAGAAUUGAAGAAGAAAUACGAUCAAAUGGGAAAAACGGRCUCAGCGGGAAACUACGUGAAGAUGUCGACAAAAUCAUCGAUGAACAUAAGCAGGAAUUCGAAAGGAAGUAUUUAUUGGACAAAGAAGAGCUACAAAGAGAUAAGGAACGCCAGUUAGAAGAGGAGAAGAAGAAGAUCAAGGAUGAYGUCGAGUUUGAGAARAAGAGGAUUCAAGAUGACGUGGAAAAUGAACGGAAGAAGAUGCGAGAAGAGAUUGACAGAGAACGACAAGAAAUUCAAAUAUAUCUCAAAAAUGGUCGCGCGGUGGACAUGAAGCAGAGCGAACAAUCUUUGCAUACGUUUACAGAACAAUCUGAAUACAGCGCAAGUGUUUCCUAUAACGGCCAUAGUAAUCAGAACCAAACAAAUACCGGUGAAUUCAAGGAUGAACGUCAAACUAAUACCUACGGUGCCUACAGCAGCUWCAAAGGCUUACAUACUGAAAGAGAUCAGAAAGAACCAGAUCAGCGCAAAMCCCAAUACAACCCAGCCUUUGGUGAUGAAAGUAGCAAGUACCCACAAUCUAUCAACCAAGAAGAAGUCCCAGACAAGUAUGCUUCACUUGCUAUUGGAAGUGAAAGAUAUAGCUCUGCUAACGAUGGAUCUUAUCCAAUGGAGCGCAGUGACAGAGGUGAACCAUACACACACAAUACUGGGAUACAUGUAACUCUUCAAAAUCCCAAUGAAAAAAGAAAUGACACAGAUAACCUUGAUCAUUUACAUGACAAGCCAACAUCUGAAUAUGGAAAAACUUACCAAGUCCAAGUAGAUAGUCAAGAUAUGUUUUCUGCUCAACAAACUGUAGGAAGAGGAUACGACAGUGGUGAACAAAACAGUUUCCCAAAUGAAGACCAUUGGCAGUACCAGUCCAGUUACGAAUAUGGAAAGCCGCACCAGCAGGUCCAGGGUCGGGAAUUGACUGGCCAACAAUCUGAAGRAAGAGGAUUUGUAAAUAUUGAGACAAAAAGUUCCCAAAAUGAGGGUCAGUGGCGCCAUCAGUCCAAAUAUGACUAUGGAAAGCUUCAUGAACAAGGUGGUAGUCGAGAUUUUCUGGAAAGUGAUCAYGAAAGGGGSUAUGAUGGUCCAGGCCAACAGUCACWGACGAAACAUGGCCAUCAAAGCGACAAGUUUCAUCCAAUAGAUGAACGAGACACCUCACGAUAUGAAUCUAGCGGUCAACAAAAGUCCACUCAAARUGCUCUUAUGCGAGAUCAAUAUUACGUCACGCCUGGAAAUGAGAACGAUCUUCGAACGGAGAUCAAUCAGCUAAGGAGCGAAAAUGAAGGUCUGAAGGCAAAGAUUGAAGCUAUGGAAGAGAACAUUGAUCUUCACAAGAAAUACAAAGCCGAAGCGAAAGAUGAGUUGAAUAGACUUCAGAAGACAAAAGAAGAGCUGCAAUCACGACUGGACAAAGGCAACAAAGACGAAGAGGAUGCCAAGAGAGCCAAACUCAAGGUUGAUAAACUAGAACAAAGUCUUAGGGAUAGCGAAGCCCGGCGCAAAGAAUUCGAG